AUGGUGACCUAUAUCCAUAAUCCGGCAGCCCCCCGCCCUCACCCCGAGCAGCCGGCGGCAGAGAAGCCCCCUCGCCCUCCUCCUCCUCCAAUCCCACCCGCUUCCCCUACAACCGCGGCGGCGCCUUUUUGCAAAACCGGCAGCGGCCUCCUCCCGCCCUCCCCAGCUGCCCUUCAAACCGGCCGGCCAAUUGCAAAAAUCGGCGCGGCCGCCGGCGGCCAAUGA